AUGUCGGUUCCCUGGAAUUUCACUCUUAGCACUGACAAUGCCUCUGGAACUCAUAAAGAUUCUGCUGAUACCCAGAGAGUUGAAGGGGGCUGGAGGCCCGGGGGAGGAGAGCGCAGCUGGCACAACUCCUGGUUACCAGAACCAACUCGAGGCGACCCAGAGGAAGAUGCUGCGUCAAAAGAAGAGCGAGGCAAAGAAGCGCGCGACCCAGCAGGGAGGCGAAAUCGCCACCGAGUCCCCGAGGAGGCGGGGAGAAGCCAAGCCGCCAGGCACCGGCCACGGCGCACGCCAACAUUCAAGAUUAUUCUCCCUUCCAAACCCCGGAGAUGCCAAACUCCAUUUCACAAGGAGCCUGUCAACAGCUGGGCUUGGGGGUUUGAGGAACAGAGCGGCUGCGAUUGGAGGGGGCCCCCAGACACCCUGCUCCGCCACUGCCCACGCUGGGGCUCCCCGACUGCCGCCGCGCGGUGCCGGAGCACGAGGGGCACCUCCUCCCGGACCCGGGGUGCAGAAGCCCCGCGGAGGCAGGUAACACGGCGGCUGACACCCUCCACCCACGCCCGCCCGCGCGCCCGGCUUCGCCGCCCGCACCCCUCAGGUUCCCGCGACACCCCCGCCGCCAGCCGGCCCACCCUUCUGGACGGUCGGAACUGCCGCCCCCUCCCCCCCUCCCCCCCACGCCCCCGCCUCCGCGCGGUCCUCUCGCCAAAUUACCAGUGCCCUCCAGACGGUUGGGUUGAGCGCCCCUGCCCGGGGAAGGCAGCCUGCGGGCGCUUGCCCCGAGCCCGGGGAACAGAAGGUCUCCUUUCCAAGCGCACUCACAUUAUUCAUGCAAAGUUAAUCCCCGCCGCGUCACGGCCGCCCGCCCGAGGAUGUGCGCCUUCCUUGGCCAAGCCCCGCAGUCUCCACCCUCCUCCGCCCCCUCCUCCCGGCGGCGGGGUCCCGGGGAGCGCCGGCGACGGGACGUCGCGCGAGUCCUGCAAAAUGUCAACUCCUUGGGCGAAGAGAGGCGGCCGCCGCCAGGGCCGCGCCGGCCCUCCCCGGCCACUCCACUUUUAUAGGCGUAGGAAGCGAGUGUGGUCCGGGCACCGGAGUCCCCGCCUCUCCGGGCCCCCCUCGCACCCGGCCCGCCCCGGCCCGCUCCCGGGGCACUGCCUUACUCCGGGCCCGGGGCGCCCGCGCCGCGCCGCGUCCGCGAACCGGUGACCUGGUUUCCCCUCCAACCCUCGCGGCGGUCCUACUCGCGCGGCGGCGGCGGCCAAGAGCAAGCAAACCCGGCUCCGCCAGGGGCGCAGCGAGGAAAUGGCCUCCCAGACGCUCGCGCCGCCGCCGCCGCCGCCCAGGGGCCGCCAGGAUGGCACCCGACGCCCCCCCGCCAGGCUCCGGGGGGGGGCGCUCAGAAGUGUCCGCCGCUGGGCGCUCGCGGACCCCUACCCCGCAGCCCACGCGCGCACCGCCCCAGGCCGGCCGCCUCCGCACCUGCCUCCCCAGGUUCGGGCGCUCCCUCUCCUCCCAGUCCCGGCCGUGCCCUCCUCCCAGGGUGCCCUUCCCAGGGUGGCGAUGUUGCGGCGGUUUAGGCGGCCGCGCGUCCACCCACCCGGCGGCUUGCGCACCGAGGUUCGGGUUUGGACGUCAUUCCUCUGAGCUUUCCAGAUUUCCAGCCGGUGACGUGUGAUUUUAUUCCAGCUUCUUGCGAGCAUCCCACGGAAGAGGGCGAGGAGCCACCACUCUGGCUAGCAGCCUUAACAGCCACAACUGUCCAGAAAUUCGGGAACUGUUGCCUGCGCCUGGACGCACGGUGUUUCAGGGGCUUCCAGAGAGAAAGUCGCAGACCCCAAGGCUCCCUGGCGAGAGGGAGGGGCCUCCCCGUCAGAAUCCACGGACCUUAAAUCCCCUCGGUUCUUGGCGAUAAAUCCUUGCUGUAGUUUAUUUUUCACUCGUGAUAAGGCUAUAUACCAUAGGCUUUGCAGGUUUUGUAGCUGGAUAGAAGUUGUUCUCCCUUGCAGGGAAGUUCCUGGGCUCUGCUCCAAUGCUGCCCCGGGAUGUUUUGGUUGCUUUGGAGGAAAGCUGUGGAGUCUGCACCGUUUGUUCCAAAUAGGCGGCCCCCUGGUGGCUAACUGUGGGUGAAAAAUCAGGCCACUGAGGAAAAAGCUUGGCUUUGACAGACCACUACAGUUGACAGCCGGGUCUGCGCAGUGGCUAUUGAGACAUGCGAACGCCUUUGUAAUG